CCUGGAGCUGCAGCCAUGUUGGCGAGAUUAGAAGGGAACCAACAGUACAACCAGAAGGACGGGAACAUCUAGGUUCGGCAGCGGCGUGUCUAACACCUUGCACCACCACCAUGGCUGACCCGGAGAAGGAGCACGAACACCCGAAGGCUCCCCAGUCAAAGAUGGUCAUCGCUAACAAAGUCACCGGGACUGUCAAGUGGUUCAACGUGAAGAGUGGGUACGGGUUUAUCAACAGGAACGACACCAAGGAAGAUGUGUUUGUCCAUCAGACGGCUAUCGUGAAGAACAACCCGAGGAAAGCUGUCAGGAGCGUAGGAGAUGGCGAGGUCGUCGAGUUCGACGUGGUUAUCGGCGAAAAGGGUAACGAGGCGGCCAACGUCACCGGCCCCGAUGGAGAGGCGGUCAAGGGCUCGCCCUAUGCCGCGGACAGACGUCGCACUUAUCGUCAAUGGGUCUACCCUAGACGGGGCAACGCUCGACUACCGCGCAGACCUCGCGAGGGCCAGGAAGGUUAUGAAUCCGGCGAAGGAAAGCCCGGAGAAGACGCGAACGCCGGCGAAGGCGGUGGCCAGCUGAGACGCUACAGGCCUCGACGCCACUACGACGGCUACUUCCGCGGAGCGCGUCGCUCGGGCCCGACCCCGCAACAGGGAGAGAACGGCGCCGAGGCGGGCGGGGGCGAGCAGAACGCCGAGGGGACGACGUCCGAGGGCGGCGCAGUGCGCGGAAGCCGAGGACGCGGUGGACCUCCUCUACGUCGCUUCUUCCGGCGCAACUUCCGCGGAGGAAGAGGCGGCGGCCCUCCCAGGCGUCCCCGCAGUCAGGACGCCCAGUCGGAGCAGAAGACGGAUGCACCCAAAGAGAAGGAUGCACCUGCCGCUGCCCCUGCUCCACAGGAGAGUCAGCCGGUGCAGAACACCACCACCACUGAGAGCACUGCUUAACGAGAAUACCAACGCCACCACUAAAAAACAAAAAAAAAAAACAACCACUCUUUAAAUAUAACACCAACACCGGUUAUACACCGAUACGCAGAAGCAGAGUAGCCAUCAGCAGCAGCAGCAGUGAAUCAGCAGCAUCAGCAAGAAGCAGCAACAACAAUAUACUAUAACAAUCGUAAAGAAAAAUCCAAAAAAAAAAACAAACAAACAAACAAACAAACACUACUCCACACUCUCCCCCACGAAGGCGGAAGCCGGAAGCGCAGGACGACAUUCAGGCAUCGCGAGAGAGAGGAGAGAUAUGAGAGAGAAAACGCAUCUCGAGCGAAGAACAGCUAUAAAGGAAGCGCUGGAACGAGUCUACGGCAGUCAUCUUACGUUUUGUGUACCUUUUUAAUUAAUAAUCCCUAACCGGCGCACCGAUCUGCGCCUCGAGGCUCAACGUACCGGGAUUAGCGUAACACCACCCUACCGUAUGUACGCGUAUAUCGGGUCGCCAGGAUUUCCUUUUGCCAAGUUUUCCCUUCGUGGUGUGGACUGUAUCGUGGAGAAUCGAUCACGGUCGGAGAGGCAAAGCCCCGGGUAAAACGCGAGGCGCCUUUCUGCCGGAACCGUGGCGGCAACAUCGAUGUAAUUUCAUUGCAAUUCAUCCCAUCCAUUCAUCUACACACACACACAUACACACGUACACACGUACACCCCCCGUGUCACGUGACACGACACCUACACUUGCAUACGUCGUGUUAGGCACGACACACAAAACACACACACACACCCAUCACUUGCUCAUCUCUAGGGGACGUGAAAGAAAAGCGUCUCCGAGGGAAGAAGAGCAUACCUUGAACUUCAAGGGAACCUUGAUACCCGCGUCAAAUUCUGUGCAGUGCCGGAGGGAACGGAAUAUUCCGAUGGAGAGGCAAAAGAGAGUACAGGAAGCCUCGAAGAAGAGAUUACGAGAAUGAGGAAGAGGCGCGAGCACGGUUGACGAAAACCGUCUUUCUCGACUAACGCGCGCGAGAUGGCGAAAGGAAGGCUGACUUUUGUUCUAGGGUUUUUGUUUUGCUCCCUUCUUAUUUCCCUUUAUUUAUUUUUUUUUUUUCCGUAUUUAUCGUUUCAUACUUGAGUUAAUCAUUGCUUAUCUUCCCCGCGGAGGAAGUAUCGUCGGAUACGUGACAUGUACCUGCGCUUUGCGCGUGUACACUUUACGUUCAACUUGAGAUUUCCACGUCCUUGGGUCUCUCUGCGACUUUCUUCUUCUUUUUCUUCUUAUUUUUUUUUUCUCUUCCUUCCCUCUCCUUUUGAGAUGUUCCCAACUUCGCGACUCACGUUCUAGAACGAGGAUAUAUUGUCACCGUACGAGAAAGCGAUUGAAUAACGAUGCACCCUCGAUAGUUACCGUCGUAAAUUGGAUGUACACCCUAUGUAGAUACAUACACGCGCGCGUGUCUCUAUUAUUUCAUCUUUGACUUUGGGAAGCACUUUUGUCGCGACCACGCGUGACGCUCGUCAUGUACGUUCAAGGCGCCGUUUAGCUCUGCAUUAAUUCUCUUUUUACCGCUAAACGAUGUACCAAUAACACUUUGUCGGGCCCCUAGGGGGCCCGUGACUCGACUGGUUGCAUUAUUGACUGUUUGAUCGGAGGAUAUCUCGAGAUGUCUCGCCGAUUAAGCGAGAAAUUAGGACACGCGGACUAGCGAUCAGGGCUCGUUUCCCUAUUCUCGUUCGCCGGACGAGGUCUUCUCCAACGGUUUCCGGUUUCCCGGUUGUUUCUCGGUUGCGCGGCAGUUUAUUAAUUUUUUUUUUAUCUAAAAAAAGAUCCUUUUUUCCUUCGAAAUCGAGACGAUCGAGAUCCGCACUGCACGUACGAUUUGUCGACGGGGAGAGAGAGAGAGAUUAAAGAGAGAGAGAAAAAAUAUACAUAUAUACAUUUAUACACGGAGGAGAAAAUCUAUAUAGAGAUUUUUUCUAUCCUUAGUUUGUAGCACCGAUGAGAGGAGAGACGAGAGAAUAAAAUGAAAAGGUUCAUUUGCAAGCUUGUCGGGACCUCCGGGGUCACGGGGGAGUCCUCGAGGUCGAGGUCGAGGAUCUCCUUGGACCCCUCCGCGAUCCUGCGGAGGUUUCGCCGCGGAAUCGAUUUAUUGCGGCUUUUGUUAUUUCACGUCUAUCUUCGGGCCCAUCUUUCGUGUCGAUUCGUCGUGCUCGAUGCGAGUCCGGGUGUCGACACGCAUCAGUGCUACAUCUAACACGUCACGCCACGCUACGCCACGCCACGUCAUACCAAGAACCACGGAGCUAUAUCUCUUAUCUGUUUGUUCUCACGUACUUUAAAAAAAAGAAGAAAUUUUUUUUUCUCCCCCUAUCCGUUUGUUCUCCGUUGGCCCUUCUAUAGAGUCGGCGGUCCGCGUUACUUUUUAAGGUAGCUUAAUACUCGAACCCGUUGAGACCUUUGUGCAUAAUUUUGUUUGCGUAAUCGAUUAUAAAAAAAAAAUACUAAUCCAUGGGGACGUAGGAUCGUCCCGUGCGUACGCGGGCGUGGAAGGGAGAGGGAGAGAGUGAAGACGUAGGGAAGAAACAACGGGGAGAGAGUAUAGGAACUCCCCAAGCGAGACAAUGACCCUCGGUUACGGUUUCCCGGCAUCCCGAAAACGGAUAAUUCUCGACGGGGAAGUUCCUACAUUUUCGGAUAAGAAGCUCAAUGAGAGGACUCGUCGAAAUUCACGUACAGUGUCGCACAGUCAUGGAUAAAUCGACGAGCGAACUCGCGACGUCUCUUUUCCGGUUGCCGGGUGCAGCCUUAAGGCGAUUCGAGAGCGAUCGGUCGUUUAUGUCAGUUUUCUCCGUACUGGGGGGACCGGAUCCUUUGAAAUCCCACCCCAUGCAUGUAGAGGCCCUCUUAAAGGUCCCUACACUCAUGGGACUUAAAUCUUUUCUCCCUAAAUUUGUUUAUACAAAUUUGUUUUUUUUGGUUUUUGUUUAAAGGUGUCGCCCACUUUCGGAUCGCCUUAAGAACUCCUGAGAUCGCGGUUUAAGAGGCAGGACGUUUCCUUCGGUUAUACCGACGUGGACAUUUCUUCAAAUUGUAAACGGUUGACGAGCUUAAAAGAGCCAUGAGCUUUCGCGGUUGUCCAGUGGGGUAUUUUGGGUAUUUCGGGAUGCAGGAGGGUAACCUGGUGGUCGUGAUCGCACUACGCAUUAUAGAGCCCCGGGCUCGACUUUUCAGCCGGUAAAUGGAGGAAAAAAAAAGCGAAAAGAAAAAUGCCCAACCAAAAAAAGAGGAAAAAAACUUUUUGUAACUGAGCGAGGAGAGACAGGAGAGAGAGGAGGCGUUCUAGCGGGAGGUGGAGGCGAGGGUACAAUGCAUGUGUCGAAUGAAAUCGAAGCUUACCGAGCGCGAGGGAGAUACGGGUGUGCGGGAGUGGGAGAGAGAGGAGAGGAGAGUCGCCAUCGGAAGUGCCGUCCGAUGCGGCGAGCUCCCCCGAGGAUUGCCGAAGUCGGGGCGGGACGUGUACUCGUGUACGCAUGUAACCUCGCGUGCGCUUAGAGUGCGUACAACACCAUGGACGCCGACCCCCUUGAUAUCCCCGUAACGCUUCCCAUGGGAGAAUGUCACCCCUCGAAGGCUCCACACGUUCCAUGGGUUAGAAAUUCCCGAGGAAUGAACCGAAAAGAUAAAAAAGAAAAAAAUGCAAGAACAACCCAAUCCGCGAGUUAGCAGCCUCUACUUCUUUAAAUCAAUGUCCACCG